CUUACUCUAAAACAAGAGCGAACCCCUAGUCUAAAACCAGAGUGAACUGAAAAAAGAAAAACACUGACAAAACUAGAAGGGCCUGUAGCAAGUGUUUGACAACAAAGAAUCGUACAGGCCUUCCUUCUGGCAUCUAUUUUUGAACCUUUGGUUUUUGAAGAAACUUGAAGACUGAUUGUUGAAAAUUACAUAGCAAAUUUAUUUCUAUACUUAAUUCUAGCUAUUCUAUCUGAACCUCGCACCUAAAUUUGGGGAACCUUUUCCUUUCUUUUUGACCUCUCCUUAGAUUGUUUCCUCAGAUAUUGUUGGGAAAAAUUGGGAAUCUCCUUAUUUUUAGAAUUUUCACACUCUCUUCUUUAUCUAUUAUGUUUUUCAAUUUCCAUUUACUCUUUUCUUCUUUCAAUUUCCCAAAGCUUCAAAUCAUCGCAUGAUUCUGACAUACCAAAAGAUGCCUUGUGCUCUUCCACAAACCCAUCUAGAUAAUCAGAAAGUGUCAGAGGUUGGACAGACUAACUGGUCGAAGAAUUGUUUGCAGCUUAACGGUUCUAGAAGAUCAUCAGAGGUCUCUGGAAUUUCUCCUUUCAAUUUGAGGAACAUUGACCAGAGGUGUGCCGUUGCGACAUUCCCUACACUUGAAUCUGAUGGGCAGUGGAGAAUCUUUGCACUACCCUUGCAAUGCUUUGAUCACACUAACCAUUUAAGAUCUGGAAAUCAGGUGAAUAUGAAUGACCUGCAUCUGGUCUCCUCUUCAUCUGUCAAUUCAUUUAUGGUUGAUAGAUGGAAGACACAGAAAGGGCCCCAACCUGCAGUUACUUAUCCUGGCAAGCCAUUUAGAGGCAGAAGCUUUUCUGGAUCCAAUGUCCAACAUCAAUUUCGCAACAAGACCUUUGCUGGAAAACAAGUCCAAAAGGAGAAAUUCACAAAAGCGGACAAAAAAGAAGGGAAAACAUAAAAAGAAACAGUUCUGUGAUGUUGGCUCUACGGAGUCAGAAGUAUACCCGUGCAAGUUCAGCAUCUGAAAUCUGUGAUAAUAAUGACAUAGAUUGUUGUAUAGUAGUAUCAGGUGCAACUUCACCAGAAGUUUCACCCUCUGAUGGCUUGCAGAAAGCAGCAAUGGUGCUGUUACAAGUUCUGGUUCACCAAAUAUAAGCACAUCUGAUGUUGAUGAAGUGGAUCUGUUGUACCUACUCAAGUUCAGAAGUUUCCUAGGGAGCAUCAUAUAAAUAAUUCUAAAAUUGGCAGUGAAGACCAGCAACUUUCCUGGUGUCAAGGAGCUAUUGAGAGGAAACAUCUUUCACAUGUGGGCUCUCUAGAAGGUUUACAUGAGAAGGAUUUCUCUGAUAUGCAUAAUUCUCUAGCCUUGGACUCAAUUUCUGUUGGUUCAAACAGUGAAGACAGUACAAGUGCUGGUCAUAUUUUGAAGCCAUUUAAUGACAACAUCCAUGAAAUCAGUCAAUCAGAGCUACCAGGUUCCGGUACCAAGAAGGACUCCUAUCAUCAAAAAUCAUCAUGUAGUACUAUAGAAACCCAUGAGUAUAUGGGGGAAAGCAAGCAUGGUCUGGCUCAUAGCAGCCUUGGUGGACAAAUGGUGGCAUCGGGCAAGAGGGGUAAGAAAUUUAAAUGUAUUCCUGGGAGUCCUACUACUUGCAAACCUGGAACUAUGGGAAGCUUGCAUGGUCGAAUGAUAACUGUGAACAGUCAGUCUGUUUGGCAAAGGGUUCAGAAGAAUCCUGUAGAGAAAUGCCGCACUGAAUUGAAGAAAACAGGUCCGAUUUGCUCAGAGUUUGAUGUUUCUUUAAAGGAUGCUCCUGUGCUGAAAAGAAAUCCUAAUGCUACCAAUGUAACAAACUUAUCUAUUACCGAUGGCAAGAGGAAGCCAAAAAGCAUGGUUCCUAGGAAGUUCAAAAGAAAAGUUACUCCAGCAUCAAAACAAGAAAACAACAGUUUUUCCAGGAAGGAAUGUCAUCCCAACAAGGUUGAUUGUCAAAGGCUUGGGACCAUGAAAACUGAAUCAGUUAACAACUUUCAAGCUAGUCCAAGCAGCGCAGAACCAUGUGACACUGUCUGUGGUACUGGUUUAGGUUUGAAUAAUCUAUGUGUAGAGAAUCAAGACAGCUUGCUGCAAAAGUCAUUUGUCCCUUUGGAUCAGCUAAAUUUGCUUGAGGAACAAACUCCAGUUCAUGUCCCUCAUCUGAUGGUGAAUAGUGUUGCUCAAAUAGAAAAAGGAAUUUCUCUGGCUGAAAAUGGCAAGGAAAGCCAUACUUCGGGUUCUGUUAUGCAGAAAUGAAUACCCAUUAGGAUAAAGGAUCGUGGAUUGAAAACAUCUUCUAAAUCUGCCAAUUUGUCUUUGGAACAUGCUAAUGGGCCAGAUGCUGAAGAUUGGACUUCCAAAAAUACCUUUGAGGAGAACAUUACUUCUUUUUCUGAAAAUCUUUCUUCUUCUGUGAAUGCUAGAACAUUAUGUAGGAUUGGGAAGGAUCCAGGACAUGGAAUUAGUUUUCUCGAAAAUGGGAACAAUAUUAAAAAAUUGAGGAAUCUUGAUGCUUGUGUAAAUGAGAAUGAAAACAAUCAUAGUGGGGCUGAUUACUUAAUUGAUGAAACCAGAGAACAAGAUUUAUCAGCAGUUGCAACUGAUUUAAACAAGAUGGCAAAGGCAUUGGAUGAUUAAUUGCUACAUCAGUCCUCUAUCUUCGACAUUUUUUAUCUUUUAGUCCCAAAAUCAAGCUAUGUCAUUUUGUUUAUCUUUAAUAAAUUAUUUACAGUUAUAUCUUCCCUUUCAUUUGCAUUUAUACCUUAUAUAUUUAAUGUCAACUAUGCACUUUAUUUUAAUGUUUUAUAUUUAUUCACACUUGUAUAAUUUUUAUUUAUCCUUA